GAUGUUAUUGUGUUGACUCAGUCACAGUCAACCUUUUGACAGUUUUUGGAUAAAAGAUCAAAAUUAAAUCUCUUAAAAAAAUAGUAAAAAAUUGAUAUAAUCAAAAUGUAUAUGGAAUCUGAUGAGAAGAAAAAGGCUGGUGGUAGCCAAAGUUUACUGCAGACUUAUAACGAUAGAGAAGCCCACACCCGAAAGGCCGCAAGUCGCCAGAGGGUCAAGAAGAGUCAACAGAAGAAGCACGAAGUGGCCAAACCAAUUGACCAGGAGGAAGAAUAUGACGACUACAUGGCCCUGCUCUCCAAUGAUUUCAUCCUAAUGUUGGACUGCUCUCCGCAACCGGAUGAGGUCUUUUGCCAGGAGUCACGAGAACUGGGAUUAGCUAGCAUUUGGCUCAAUAAGAUGAUCACUUGGCGCUGCAAUACACUCUAUGAUCUGCGCAUGCGCAACGCGUACAUGAGUCACCUCAUCGUCUGCUUAAAUCGAAGACAGAUGACGGGUAUCUUUAGGGAUCUACCGCCACAGGAACUCACCUGGGUGAACUUUGAGGAGGAGAACAAAAGCCAUCAUUCAUCACCAAUUAAUCACAUGGCCAUGGCCUGUUCUACCUGGAUGGACAAGUCCCAACCGAGUUCCUGUACCGAACCCUGUUGUAGCAAGACCUUAGGUUCGGGCGCACAUCCUCCGUGCCACUGUGGAGGUCCAAAUAGGGCAGGAUCUUGCUGCUCAAACCAUCGUCAUUUGGGAGGAGGAUCAUUCCAUGGCUCACAAAUUGAGACCUCCACCGAUGACAAAGAGAUCAAAAUGAUAAUGCCCGUGAGGAAGGAUGGAAAUCGUCCAUUUGGCUGUCGUUCGGCAUGCAAUAGUCUACGCAACCUCUGCUCAUCCGGCAGCCGCUCUCAAUCCUUGCCAGGUCGCCUAUUGAUCAGGAAUCCAACUGAAAGUACCCCUACAAAAUCAGACAAUCCCAAGGAUAAAAAUUCAGCUAAAAAAUCAGAAGAUCAACCUAAGGAGGCCAGCCCGAAGAAGAACAAUCGCAUAAAUCCUAACGUUGUGCGGGAUGAGAUGCUCAAGUUAUUGCUAACAGUCAAGAAAGAAUUGAGCGGUGAUCCUGAUGUGGAAAGGAAUGAGUUCCUGGAGAAGGAACUAACACGAUAUCGGGAAUUUGCUGAAAAUCAUAAAGACAAUGACACCGAUUGGGUUUCGGCAAAAAAUGAAAAGUCUCUGCGAAUCUAUUUGCUUUUAAACAUGCAAAGAGACUUAGUUCGGAUGCUAAACGAAGACGGAGUUGAGAUACCACAUUAAUUCAGGUUUUCAAUUUAUAUUUUACAAGGCGACAAAAUAAAUUUUUUUUAGGAAA